AUGAAAGAGCAUUUUCUGCAGCCUGUUGUUCACCAUGUAAGUUCUUGGGAGUUUCUUUUGUCAAAGGCUACUUCAAAUGGCUGUGUAAACACUACGAAACUUUUGCGAGAUUUUAAUGCUUUAAAACAGUUGUUGUAUGAUAACUAUCCUGAGAUGAAACCAAUUGUUGAAGAAAAUGUUGCUGUGAAUUUGGUUGGAAUGCCCACUUUAAACGAUAUGGUAAACUUUGUGCUGGAUAACAAGACAUUACUGUGCAGUGCUAUACUUGAAGCUGAGGAUGGAAAGAUAUUCAGGGAAGGAUUAAUGCCACUUGUUUUUGAAAAGAACAAAGACAAAUUUCUUGAAUUUGCAUCGGGAAUUGUUGGUUCGUUUUCUAUUGGGCAAAAACAACUGCAAGAUGUUCUGCGAAACACCUGGGGAAAGUAUCUUUCAGCAGUGAUUGGUGUCAAUGUCAUCCCACCCAAAGCCCUUAUUGUACAACACCUAAAGAAAAAGAAACAAGAACUGACAGAGCUGAUAGGAUUGAAUUUCGAAGUCCAUGAUGAUGUGGUUGUUGCAAAGGUUAAUGUUGCUAUGUAUUUGGAAUAUCUACUCUCUCGCCCGACUAUCAAGAUAUCUGAAAUUGCACCCGAGAACAAAGUACUUGUAUACCAGUUCACUGAUUUAGCUCCACGGUUAAAGUGGUCAAGGUAUUUCACUGGCAUCACCACCUUGCGUCUGAAAGUUGUUGAGUGCCACAACCUUAACCGACUAGUCAUUACAGCUGGCGUAUACCUUGGUCCAGACGAUUGUGACACAAUCAAGAAACGCUUUGGAGGAUUGUAUGAAGAGUAUGCUCAGUUGAAAGAAAUUAAUUCUCCCAAAUGUGAACGUCCCAUCCAAGUGUACUACAGAAGUUGUGUAGAUGGCAAACAGCGUCGGAUUGACACAGGCAAUAGUUCUUCAAGAUCCACAUUCCCAAUCCCAGAUGCUCCUGAACACACCACCUUGUUGGGUAACAUGUUGGUCAUCUCUACUGGCCCAGUCUGGACAGUUCAAGACACAAAGGAAGCAGAGAAGAAUUGGAUGAAAGAGAAAACCCCAGUUCCAAGAUCAGAAUUUGCAAAAAAUAACUUAGGCAACCAAGGGCGGGUAAAUCUUACUAACUGUGAUAUGCAAGAUUAUUUUCCAGUAGCAAUGCAUCUUGCCAUUAGAUCUGUGGAAACAUUGUCAGUACAAAUUGGCAUGUGUGCAAUUGGUAAGUUAGCACUAACAGCCAGGUAG